AGGCAUGGCCUGAAUUAACAGUUAAGGAAGAGGCAUGGCCUAGAUUAACAGUUAAGGAGAAAAGUUGUGAAACAGGCUGUACAACAGCCCUGAACUUGUAUGAAAAAAGAAAAACAGAUGAACUUGAAAAUGCAACAUUACCCGCACCGGAAAUCAACCGAUACAAUGUCACGCAUUCAUCGGUGCAUUUACUGUGGAGGACCAACCAACUUGUUUCCAACAUAACUUAUAUGAUACAGAUGAAGAUGCCAGAGAUAUCAGAAAAUUGGCAGUUAUGGAAUUCCACCGAACUCCACGAGAAGCCAGGAAUACAUUUCAUUGUGAAUGAUCUUCAUCCUUACACGACAUACCAGUUCAAAGUCAUAGCAUUCAUUAAAAUUCCUGAUCAGUUCCUCGUUUCAAAUGAAAGUGUUUCUGUCAUUACUUUACCUCAUGGCAAACCAUCAUCGGCACCAAAGAUAUCGAGUGUGGCCACACCAUCCCCUACUGUGAUUACCAUCAUCUGGAACCCACCUCUCUAUCCAAAUGGACGAAUAACUGGUUACAAGUUGAUGCUUAGUUAUGUGAAUGAACGAACCAUCACACGAGAAGUGUCUGAACACACACAUUCUUGGUCCUUCAGCCAGUUGCAACAUUCAAAGAAUUAUACCAUUAAGGUCUUAGCCUGGAAUGCAGUUGGAGGAGGGCCAGCUGAUACACAUAUCAUUACGACACCAGACCUAAUGUUGGAAGCAGAAACUGAAAAACCAUAUUUGGUGUUGGCAGCAAACAAUAUGAUUUUGAAACAGAAUUUGUUGGAUGUUUUUGGUGACCCUGUAACAUUACACCAGGAAAAUAACCGAAGCAUCACAGUUUUUGGAUCCAAGGUGUUGUAUAAAAGUAAAACAGAACUAAUGCAAGAUGUAGGGGUGCACAUAAAGAAUCACCUGGUUCUGUUUAGUGAUUCAAAUGGAAGAGUCCAUGUGGUUUUCACAAACAGUUCCAAACAAAAGGAAAAUAUUUACCCAACAGUGAAAAAUCCUAAAGCUAUCGCAGUUGAUUGGCUCCACAACAAGGCAUACUUAGCUGGAGAUCAGGAGAUUUACCAAUGUUUCCUCCCUCCACAAUACACUUGUCAUUUGGCUGUAAGCCAGCUACAAGCACGUGCCUCUGAUAUAAAGGUUGAUCCCAUAAAUGGUUUCCUGUAUUACACUCAGAGUGGACCAAACAACGGAAUCUUCCGGGUUGACUUGGGUGACAUAGAAAGCGGUAAAAAUGUUCCUCCACUUCAGAUUGUGAAGAACAAACAAGAUUCUUUCACAAUUGACUUUGAGAAUAUUCAGCUUUACUUCCCUAACAGCUCCCUCAACACGAUCAUGUCAACGUUUUUGGAUGGCAAAGGACCCUCCAACAUACGGCAGAACGUCGUGAAAGCCAACUUCAACAACAUCAAAAGUAUUGUGUUUUUUAACGGUUCCUUUAUCUGGACAGAUGGACAGAAAGUUUUGAAGGAAGUCUAUGAUCAGCAUGGAGGAAAAUACCAUUACAAUACAAUCCAUUUUAAAGAAAGUUCAUUCAGUGGAUUUAACAUGUUCCAUUCAUCUGCCCAGCCAAUGCCUGUUCCAACCAAUCCUCCCAGUAAUUUGGCGGUGUUGUUCUCUGAUACAACAGCGGACAUACGAUGGAAUAAACCAGAGAAACUUAUAUACCAAGGAAAUGGAUGCUGGAGAGGCUGGAAGUAUGAGAUGACAGUCCAAGAAGGAGAUGCCAAAAACCUAGCAACAUAUCACCUGGACGGAUUCAACCUCACACUCGAAAAUUUGAAACCAGAGACUAAAUAUACAAUUAAAAUGCGAGCUUAUAUCGACAAUAAGCAUGGCCCCUGGACCGAAAAGUUUGUUGGUCGUACAUUGUUUAAAGAUAAUGUCAAACCAAUUAUCACAUAUCAUACGAAAGCCUAUACGGCACAAGUAGGUUUAGAUGGUCGAACCCGCCGAGGUCAACUUCUUGAUGGUGGAAACGAUAGGCCGCUUCGAAUCUAUAAGCAUAAAAUAGUGAGAUUCUCCGUCAACUACCCUCAUGUUUCGGGAACCCCUUUCAAACUGGUAGGGAAAAUGAAAGCAGUAAAUCCCUUGACUAUAGCAUAUGACUGGUUAUCAAAGGUUGUUUACUGGUCUAACAGAAGAUGUGGCAUCUGCCGACUCAAUAAGAGACCAUCAAAAGUGGAGAGCAUCAAUAGUGACGUAGCAUACGACUUAUGUAUUGAUUCCUUGAAAGGGGUCUUUUACUGGAACACAAAAUAUAGUGUGCGUGCGUCACACCUAAAUGGUAUGAACAUCAAAGAAUAUUACGAAAAACCAUUCCAAGAAGAAACCAUCAUAGCCAUGACAAUUGAUAUGGAUUCAUACAUUCUUUACUGGAUCCUGCCAACAAGUACUGGAGCCAGGCUCUUUAUGGCUGGUAUGGUUGGUUAUAAGACUCAAUUUUCCAAAGGGCCACCGAAAAUAAUUGAUCUAGAGAGCAGAAUGAAUCAGCUACAAUACUUCAGCUACCGUUUUGUCUGGCUCAACAGUGAAAAACAACUUAUAGUUAGUGACCUGAGGGGCAGAAAUAGUUCCCGUCUCAUCAAUAUAGAUUCAGACAUUAUGGCUUUCUCACUCUUCCAUCCAUCACAACAUAAAUAUCCUGAUGGGCUAAAUGAGACCACAAUAACGGUAAUACCAAAUGAUAUUCCUGCAGGAUCCAUUAGAGUAGAAGGGAAUGCAUCCUAUUUCAAUAUCACAUGGAGGGAAGCAAGUGAGGUCAACCAUGGCGUUGUCCAUUACGAACUCACCCUUAAUGUACGAGAAUUUGAAAAAUACAGCAAGGCAUUGGACACAGUGCAACCCUGGUACACUAUAAAAGGAAUGCCGCCAUACACGGAAAUAGACGUUAUUGUAAAACCGUUAACCUAUUAUGGUUCAGCCAAAAGAACAUCAACAAAAAUUCGAUCACCCAUGUCAGUACCUAACGAACCACUUAAUCCAAGAGUUUACAUUAACAAGAGGAAAGAAUUACAAUCAAGUGAAGAAUUCCUGUCUGCUGAUUUACGUUGGUCAGCACCAAAUAACCGCUUUGGUGUACUUGAAAAGUACAAAGUGUUCUAUCAAACCGAUUCCAGUUCUUCUCAGUGGCAACAAACAGAUAUUGAACCUCAUACACGCCAGUUUAUUGCCGAACGACUUGGAGCUAAUCGCACUUACACUUUUAAGAUCCAGGCUUGUACUGUUUUUGCCUGUAGCAAAAUGUCUGUUAAUGUUUCUAUCACAAGUAACAACACUAACCCAUUACCUGAACUGCUGAUUGCAUCCGAAGAGGGCAUCAAAUUAGCUGAAAUGGAUAAUGACCUAAAGAUCUCCAAGAAAAUCUCUUUCAAAGGAUCCACUCGUGCAUUCACCUUUUUAGCUAAAGAUAAUUCCUACUUCUGGAUCAAUGAUGGAUCAACUUUAAUCAUGCGCAACAACAAGAUGGAAAAAAUAACGAUGAAGAAAUUUAAAAAAGAGGUCAAUGAUCUCACUGUCGACUGGAUUGACCACACUCUGUACAUCGCAGCUGGAGCAGAGAUCCAUUGUUAUAACAUUUACAUCAAAGCUCCAUGUGUUCGCCGACACGGCAAUGGAGUCAUCUACAGUGUGAAAGUCAGCCCUUUCACCAGCACCCUCUUCUGGACUGAAACCGAAGAUAUGAAGAAUUCCAGAGUCUUUAAAAGUAGAACUGAUGGAAGUGACGUUAUUGAAAUAUUGCCUGCUCAGCAUUCAAGACUCCAUAAAAGAAGCCCCGGAAAAAACUGUCAGUGUCCAACUGAUGUCAAAAUUGACAGCACUCUCGGAGUUGAUUACACUAACGAUGAUAUCUACUUUGUUGAUCUUCUGGAAAAAAGUUUGUGGCGAACCGAUAGCGAUGGGUGUCAGUGUCAGAAGCUGUUUUCUCAAACUUCGAAUGAAUUUGAGUCACUCAAUUCCCUAACUACAGACCACUCACGAGUGUAUUGGUCCAACAAAAAUAAUAAUGGUAAUAAUAACAACAUCUAUAGCGUCCGCAAGAACGAUGGGAAAGAUCUUCGUAAAAACCAAGUAUCGAAUGUUAAUAAAAUUGUUGCCUUUGGAUCCCAUCUUCAGCCCUUACCUGAUCAAAAAUGCCUGAUAUCAUUGCCAAAAGAUAACAGCAUCACUGUUGCCUCACGCACCAAUACCAGCAUCACUUUACGCCUGUCCAACAUCAAAUGGCAUCAAGACUGCAACGAUGUUUCACAUCCGACCACAAAUUACACUAUACAUUACACCGAACUGAAACCGGGUAUGGACGAUGCCUCAUGUGCAAAGAAUAUUCCUUGCCAUGCAGUUGUAAGCUUCCUGAAGGAAACCGUUAUUUAUCCUUUAAAACCCUUCACCAAAUAUUUAUUUCAAGUAGCUGUUAGUAACAUAUACACAGAUUACCGUGCAGACAUUCUCAGUUUGCCUCAGAUCGAACAAACUCUGGCUGGGGUUCCUACAUCAAUCCGAAAUCUCGAAGCCUUUACUUUGACUUAUGAAGACAUCAAAAUAAGUUGGAAACCUCCUGUGCAGCCUAAUGGCAAUGUAAACUUAUUAGUGUAUGUGGUCACAUCCACUACAACCCUGAGCACAGGAGAGAUCCAAAAGAACACCAUCAAGCUGCUUCAUAGUAAAAUUUAUAGAAGUGAGUCGAAUACCCUGGAAUAUAUUCUCAAAAACUUGAAACCAGAACAUGAAUAUAAGAUUCAGGCAAAAGCUUGCGAAAGUGAAAUAAAAUGGUGCAGCAAUACCCUGGAAGCAACAAACAAAACUGCGAAGCAUCUGUCGCCAAUCGGGUUUCACAAUAUCACAGCAACAUCUGUAUACGUUUCUUGGACAACACCUGCUGAUACACCAAUUCAUACAUUUCUGAUCAUCAAUAAGAACGUCACAAUGCGUAAAUGGAAUUCACAAAGGCUGCAAUUUAUUGUACAGCCGGAACGAAACAAAACUUUCACAAUGUUCUUUUCCAACCUUGAACCGAAUAGUUUAUAUGAAUUUGCGGUCCGAAUUAGGUACCAUAACCACAUUGAACUUAAAAAACAUUGGCCUCACUUUAAUAGCAGCCUUCUUUAUUCAAUAAGAACACUUGUUGAAUUCCCGUCUCCGCCAUCGCUACCUUACGUACACAAACUAAACUCAGGUUACGAAGAAGUUACAUGGAAACAUCCAGAUGAGAAAGUGCCGCCGAAUCUCUUCGAACUGCAAUACAAACCAGUCGGCAGUGGGAAUUGGACAACGAUCUACAAUGAUUCCGCUCCACAUUGGAUCAUUGAGGAAUACCUACAGGAUGGUGAGAACUAUAUCUUCCGAGUGAGAGCGAGAAAUUCUCGAGGCUGGAGCAAUUUCAGUAAAAGCAGCCGACCAUUUCUUCACCAAAUUGACCGAGCAACCAGUAGCAAUAUGUAUCAAUAUGCUCUCAUCCCAAUUACACUCUUCAUCAUCAUCAUCAUCGUUAUUUUAAUUUGUAUUUUGUUCAAGAAAAAACAAACAGAAAAAAAGCGAAUCACUCAUGUCAAUGAUGGUCACAAUCCUGAUGUGGAACUCGCUACUUUGCAAGAUUUACCGCAUAUAGCAGUCCAACAGAACAACACCCUUUAUUCAGUUGGUAUGGUGCCAACUGAUGCUGACCUCAUUGCAUUACCUCAUUUCCGACAUGACCAACUAAUCAGAAAGAAGUUCUUGGGAAGCGGUGCUUUUGGCGAAGUUUUUGAAGGCGUUUGCAAAAGCUGUGUUGCAAAUGGAGAAACACGUGUGGCUGUCAAGACACUGAGAAAAUGUGCCUCAGAACACGAAAAGGAGGAAUUCUUAAAAGAAGCUUUGCUCAUGAGCAAUUUUAAACACGAACAUAUUCUAAGAUUACUAGGCGUCUGUUUCGAUGGUAAUCCUCAAUUUAUUGUAUUGGAACUGAUGGAAGGCGGAGAUUUACUUCUUUAUUUGAGGAACUACCGUCCAACAUCGACAAGCCAAGUGUCUUUAACAUUAUUGGAUCUAAUGAAAAUAUGUGUGCAUGUUUCCCGGGGCUGUAAAUAUUUAGAAGAAAUGCAUUUUGUACAUAGAGACUUAGCUGCUCGUAACUGCUUAGUGUCAUCAAAGAACCCCAGGGACAUGGUGGUGAAAAUAGGAGACUUUGGUCUCGCUAGAGAUAUAUACAAAAAUGACUACUAUCGUAAAGAAGGAGAAGGCUUGCUACCUGUUCGAUGGAUGUCCCCAGAAUCAUUGGUAGAUGGAGUUUUUACUACACAGUCAGAUAUAUGGUCGUUUGGUGUUUUAAUGUGGGAGGUCAUCACAUAUGGUCAACAACCUUAUCCAGCUCGAACAAAUUUAGAAGUUUUACAGUAUGUCCGAUCAGGAGGCAGAUUGGAUCGGCCAGAUAACUGCCCGGAAUAUUUAUACCAAUUAAAACUGAACUGUUGGAGCUAUGCACCAGAAGACCGACCAACUUCAUCAUUUAUCCUGGAACAACUGGAACUUUUCUACCAAAGACUUUUUGAAGAAUCAAUGCUGAACAAAAACACUACAAAAUCAAUGAUAACAGCGCUACUAGAGGCGUUGGAAGCCGAGAUAGGAGCUGAUAGCGCUCAAACUGAGAUAGAUAGCACAGCUGGUACAGGGAAUGAUGAAAAAUUGGGGAUACCCCCAAAUGCUGAAAGCUAUAUAAUGACUGAUACAGAUAUGGGACAUUCACAGAACAGGAUACCAAAAUCAUCAAUUGGCAGCGAAUUUAAUGCUGAAGAUGAUCCAACUCCUCUGCUCGAAGACGAUAACACUUCAACAAAUACUUCGGAUUAUCUAGAACCAUCGAAGCUUGAAACUCCCAAAUACCUGGAACUCAUAUCUGACAAGCCAAAUGCCACAGCAGGUAAACAAGUCGUUCGAGGGGCUCGACCAAAGACAAAUUCUACUUCAAGCUUUUGUAAUUCUCCGCCACAACUUCCAGAUAAAUGCCAUCAAAAUGGCACCAAAACAAACAACAACAACAAUAACGAGAAUCUCACCAGUAACGGAUCCACAAAAUCAAAAGGUUCCACAGGAGCGCGGCGCAAUUUCCAAGGUCUGCAUUAUGCUCAACUUGCGACUUGCAGUACCGAUUCUUCAGUUGAUGAAAGCGACGAUGAAAGUUGUACAGAGAUGAAUUAUAUCACACCUCAAGUGAGUAUGUCCUGUACUCUGUUAAAUCAAGUACAAAACGAACCAGGACAUCAACGACAUCUGAGCAAGCAGACAUCUGCACCAGCUCCACUCCACAAUAACUCCUUGUCUAAUGAAGGAAUAUGGGUAAACAGUGGUUCUAUGGACAAUCAAAACUCAAACAAUUACCUUUUCCACAAUUCAUGUGCAUCACCAACCAAAUUACAAGUUUGGGCAGACAAAAAUAGGAAUUUAGUCAGUAAGAACAACGCUGUUCUUGCUAUUUCUGAUUGCCCAGAAUAUAUAAACACACCACAGCCCAACUCUUUGAACUAUCCUUCUGGGCAGCAAAAUGCUACGGGAACCCCUAUUUUCAGUUCCCAGCCAACUCUUGUUUGAUACAAAUAGCUGGUACCAUGACUUGUUCAUUAUUAAUUAAUUAAUUAAGCUGUACAGAAACAAAAGAGAUUUGACCACUGGUCAGUCAUAAACAGCUGCCAUAGACUCCAGUUUCUUUCCUCAUGCCAAUGAAUCUCAGUUUUCAUUGAAGAAUUAAAAAGAA